AUGAUUCAUCCUCACUAUUCAUUUCCCGUUGAUUAUCAACCCGCUUAUUAAUUCGAAAAUGAAAAUAUGCCAAAAAAUCAAAUGAUAGAAUAUGCCAUGCAUUAAAAUGCCAAUGAUUUUCCCUUAUACCACCAAUUCUAAUACCCUCAAUAACUGGUCAACUACGAUAUUGUUGCUGAUCAGAAAACACAAAGCAAGACCAAGAAAUCCAAAAAGCACAAAAAGGAUGACAAAAAAGAAUUGCUUCCUAAAACUAAAGCAUUGCAAGAAGAACCUUAAAAGGAGGAAUUUUUGAAAACAGUAGUUUAGCCACAAUAUCCACUUGUACAUUUUACUUAGAGUACCUUAUUACCUAAAUUACAAUCAGAUAUUGUAACAGAUGGCUCACCUCUUGGUUCAAAACAGACUGUAAAAUCCAGCAAACACCAUCAAAUCAAAAAGCCCAAAAAAGAGCACAUUAAUACAGGACAUUGGUCAGCAAUUGAACAUACUACAUAUGUGAAUUUCCUAUCACAAUACGAAAACAUAAUGAAUUCUUCAAUGAUGAAGAAAACAUCAAAAAUAUUUAAACAGAUGAGUGAACUGAUUGGUACACGCACUCCUAGUCAAUGUAGAAGCCAUCAUCAGAAAUUCAACCCCUAUGCUCAUAGGGGAGAAAAUGGUAAAAGGUUACCAAGAAAUGAGAGAAGUAGAGCCGGACGCAAAAAGAAGAAUCAAUUGACAGAUAUCACCAAAGAUGAAUAAAUAAUUGAGUAGGAUCCUUUUUAUAUGAUGCUUGAUAAAUAAUUUUACUAUCAUCCUUAUAUGGUUAAUGGAAUUGAGUAUUAACAAUUCUUCUAUGAUGUGAACCUCAAAAGAGAGGAUAUGCCUGAAUAUGCCCAUCAUGCUUAACCUUAAGACUACGAAGAUUAUCUAAAAAUCAGACCAGAUUAUAAUAAUUAGUUAGAUUAUUGA